AAGAUACCUAAAGAGCGAUACAAACCCGUUUUUCGGUAGGGAAAGUGUAUCAAAGGACACGUAUAUCCUGAAAAGAAAUAACAGGUUACCUGUUACAUAGAAACAACAGACAACAUUUCUAUCCCUUCAAGCGCACGCCUAGAAAUCACAAUUUCUAACCAAGUAACUAGACGAUCGAAACGCUUAGGAAAAAGACGAUUGUCGGGCGCUCGUCUCUCGCUCAUAGGCACAACAUAACCUUCGGCAUAGACGGUAAAGUAGUUUUCCACCAGCAGUCAUGGCUGACAACACGAAACAGCUCACGGACGAGCAGAAAAAGAUUUUAAACGAGUUUAGGGAGAAGGUCAGCGAUUGUCAACUUGCCGACUCUAGUGAUGCGUUCCUCCUCAAAUGGCUUAUUGCCCGCAACUACAAAGUGGAUCUUGCCGACAAAAUGCUACGCCAAUCGUUGGAGUGGCGGCGAUUAAAUCGGGUGAACGAUAUUCUCGAAACAUGGGCACCGCCCGAAGUAAUUGAAAAAUAUUAUUCCAUCGGCCAAACCGGAUAUGACAAAUUCGGCUGCCCUCUUUGGAUCAGCGCCCAAGGACCGAUUGACAUCCGUGGCAUUAUGCAAUCGACGAAGAAAAAAGAUCUAACGCGAUUCAUGAUUUACAUUAUGGAGAAGAACGCGUUAAAUAUGCGGCAAAAUCCCGAACGUUGCGCAACUCAGAACAUUUGCGUCGUUGCCGACAUGGAAAAUUUGUCAAUGUGGCAAAUGGCUUAUCGCCCAGUAAACGAGGUCCGGAACGAAAUGCUGAGGAUAUAUGAAGCUAAUUACCCGGAGAAUCUUCGACGUAUUUUCAUCAUCAACGCUCCUAAACUAUUCACCGUCAUCUAUAAUAUGAUGAGACCUUUUAUGCAUCAAGUAACGAUCGAAAAGAUCUGCGUAUAUGGAUUUGAUAAAGAGGAAUGGAAAGCGGCUUUAUUGAAAGACAUUGACGCUGACCAACUACCUGCCCAUUACGGUGGGACUAUGACCGAUCCCGAAACAGACGAUCCCAAAUGUCCACACAAGUUUAAUAUGGGAGGACCAGUACCGCGUUCAUAUUACGUCAGCAAUAGCAAACCAGUGCCAAAGGAAGGGAUGCUUAAUUUAGAAAUCGGAAGUGGCAGUAAGAAACAACUGGAAUUCGACGUGGCUUCCGUUAGUUCCGUUCUCAGGUGGGAAUUUAUGACAGAAGGUGGUGAUAUAGGAUUCCGAAUCUAUCACGUCACUAUUACUGAAAAAGAAGAGAUUAUCGAAGUGGUUCCAGUCAGUCGAAUCGAGAGUCAUCUGGUCAUGGAAGAAGGAGAAAUUAUUUGCGAUUAUAUCGGCAAAUAUGUGGUCGAGUUUGAAAACGGUUUCAGUUUCUUCAAGUCGAAAAAAGUUCAUUACCACAUCGAGGUAAAUGCAGCCAUUUGUUAGAGUUAUCUGAUAAACAGGUAUUGAAUGUGUUAUCAUUCUUUUAAUGUUUUUGUGUAAGAGUAAAAGAAAAUUCUGUGUCAAAUAAAUGGGUGAUAAUUG